GGCCGGGAGUCGGGGAUCGGGGCUCGUCGAGCGAAGCGGGGCGCCAGCGGAGCAGGGGAAGGCGGAGGAGGUGGACGGGGAGCUGUUGGCGUUUGUUGGACGGACGAGGACAGGCGCUUGCGAGGCAGCCAGCUUCACGAGAAGUGGUCGAUCAAAGCUUUUCUGCGCGGAUCUCUGUCGUCAGUUUGAUCGACCUGCUGUGCUUGUUGCGUCUCUCGAUCGCGAUCGUGCUUGCUCGACACUUCGAACCUCAGUCCGGGAAUUCUCUCUCGUGAGAUCGGUAGAUUGGUCGGUCGUCGGGCACCAUGCCUGGGUGGAUUGACGCCAUCAUUUCCAAGUUCUCUUCAGGGGACUCUCUGCCGUGGACCGAUGCUCAAGUGAUUCAGGACCUUGAAAGGGAGGCAGCGCAAGAAGGACAGGGAAAAAAUAAAAGCGAGAGCAUCAUGAGGCUCGCUUGGGCGCUUGUGCACUCUGCACAACCUGCUGAUGUGCAGCGUGGUAUCGCUAUGCUGGAAUCAUCUCUGGGUGGUCAAGGUGGACCUCUUCAAAAGUGGGAGAUUUUGUACCUUCUAGCAGUGGGCCACUAUCGGACGGGCGAUCUAGGAAGAUGUCGUCGUUUGGUUGAUCAGGCGCUUGAGAUUGCACCUGACUUUAGACAAGCUGUGGCUUUGAGGAAAAUGGUGGAAGACAAGAUUGCGCAAGAAGGAGCUAUCGGGGUGGGGAUUGCUGCAGCUGCAGUGGGAAUUGUUGCGAGUGGGGUUGCAGCUCUUCUGAUUCGCAAGAAGUAGUUUGCCUCGUGAAAAUUUGGCAAGUGUGUUGGUGUGUUGCGACAAAGAUGGGAGAGGAAUCAGUACUAGCUCCGAAAUAGAAAGCUUAUGUCUAUUAUAUGAGAAGCACACACAACGAGAAUAGAUUGUAAAUCAGUCGGUUGAAACAAAUGUAUAUUACUACAUUCCGUAAUAUUUUUUCCAACAACAGGUUAGGUCGCGUUGCAUUUUUCGAAAUGAGAAGAGAUGUACAAAUAAAGCCUUGUAUUACUUGAGUUGAUCAGUUCAGUUCGGCUUCAAGAGUAAGAAGGUAUCAGCCUACGAAGAGGAGUCCACAUGGCACUGAAAUUUUGUGACCAAAUGUUUUCAAACCCUGUAGUAUUUCCGCGUGAAGCAAUCCAUCAUCUCCUUUUUCUGUAAUUUACAGGUUGCAUCUUUCCGGGUUUGAUUGUGUGGCGAGACUAUUCCAGUAGAGAUUGCACUUUUCUUGAUGGGACGCCAAAGCUUCGUGACGCCGCUCCUACUGCGAACAUACGAAGAAUUGAGGUCAUUGCUAAGGCGAAUCAUGCCUGGAGGCCAAGGAGGGAUAAGGACAGGGAAUGGCAUGUUUUUUUCAAUAAAUAUUUUUCUGGU